GAAAAUGAAUAUUAUGCGAUCGGAACAUCCGGUAGUACAGGAAAAGGUUACGUUCUUGAGGGGGAUGAAGUUCUGUAUUUUAUGAAGAAAUUUGAUGUUGGAUAUGUUCCUCUUAGGUUAGCCAGAUCGAAACAACUGUUAAAUGUAAUUGAUCGUAAUUUCAGUACACUUGCAUUUUGCCGUCGUUGGUUAGAUCGUCUAGGUGAGACAAAAUAUCUGAUGGCCCUCAAAAAUCUAUGUGAAGUGGGGUUGGUGGAUCCAUAUCCCACAAUGUGCGAUCAACGUGGUUGCUAUACUGCUCAAUGGGAGCAUACCGUUCUACUAAGACCAACAUGUAAAGAAGUUGUAUCUCGUGGGGAGGAUUACUGAGUAGCUUCGGAGUUUCCAAUUCAGGGUUCACUAUAGACGUUAUAAAUUUUGUUAUUUCACUGAGAUUUAUUUUCAUUCGAACGUGUAUCCAAGUUAAUGUUUGAUACAGCAUUUGACUAUGUCUAUCAUCAUUGUUUUGUAUUUCCAGCACAUACGAAUUUUGUUCAGACUACGUAUUCGCGCAGCAGUGUGGCAAGUGUAUAUAUUUAACCAAAUCACUACUUAACCUGUCAUGUUGAAGUA